AUGUCACGAGAAGUGCAGAGUGCAUCACCAUACCCAUGGGGAGAUGACCAAAAGCACGUUUCCCACCCGCCUUCUAUUAAACUGCUGCAGGGAGAACGAUACGUUGGAAGCGGAUUUGCAGCCUUGGAACAUCAACUGGGUGACAACGACAACUCGGAAAUGGACGAGAAUGCCAAACUCAUUUUGAACAAUCUACUGCAAGAACACAAUGUGAAUCUACUUGACUCUAGCAAUGAUGAUAAGAGGUCUGAGACCGAGAAGCAAAACGCACAUGGGGUUUACACGGGAAUCAUUCGACCUCCGAAGCGAAGCAAACUACCAUCAGAGGUUUCUGCCCCCAAGGAUAUCUUGGAGCUCGCUCGGGACGGCAAGGUAUCCGUCUUUUCCUCCUUGUUGGAUACCGUCGAGUCAAGUAGUAUUCAGCCUGUCCCAACCAAAACACUCAUUCGAAAAUGCUGCUUGACGAUACCGCCCGGCGAUUCGCCAGGAUCGAUCGAUGCCAAGGAUUACAUUUUGGGAGCUCUUCAUUUCCUUUCCUCGCAAUUUGAAAGUAGUAGUGAAGAGAGAUAUCCAUCACUACCUCUCAUAUAUCCAGUUCAGUUGACUGGCGAUGUGGAAAAGCGAAACUACGAAAAGGUGGGGGAAUGGAAAUUGGACGAAAUACAAGACAAAGUGCUGUUGCUGGAACAAGUGUUCACCUCAUCACCCAAUUCCUGGAAGUGGCUGAGGCGAGAGAGUUUUGCACCAAGGCUCGAAAAAGAGGAAGAAACCGCUUUCUUUGUCAAGGGAGCCAUUCCAGCCCGAGCGAAAAAGAUCAAAACGGAAGCGACGACGGGUAGAAAAAGAAAAACAACGGCAUCCGCAGCUGCAUCACCGGUAGCAUCUUCUUCGAAAUCGAUGCCUGCAACCGAGUCUCAGUCCAAGGAGGCAGACGAACAAGAAAGGAGUACAGUGGAGUAA